AUGGAAGCACAAACCCGAGACCACGCCGCUCUAGCUCGUGCAGCAAGCCCGGCCAAGCAUCAACAUCCCAAGAAGCUCCAAAAGACUAGAAGUUGGGAUCGCGUGAUCGUUUACGAUGCGGACAGUGGCGAUGUCGAUAUACGCAAGAAAGGAGAAGUGGACAGAGAAUCGAGCGGUUAUAAGAAACUAAGUUUGCCAAAGGGGAAGAAGGAGGUUUCGCUGUUCGUCGACCAGACAACGGAGACCAACUUCAAGACGGAAGAAGACUCACGCGAUAAUGAUGAUGUGUUCUUGGCAACAUUGAGUCUAGAUCAUCUCGGCCUCAUCAACCGUGCAUUCCUAAUGUUCGGCUUCCUUUCAACAUUAUACAUAUCAAUAGCAGAGCGCAAACUUGAACUCCCUUGA